AUGAUGCAAGUAAAUCUUUCAGAACAGAUUGUACAUGUACAACUAAACUUAAUGGUGGAUGUGUAACAAGAAUUACAUGUACUUCUGCAAAAAUUCAAAAGCUUUGCAUCUAGAAUAUAUUAGGAAAGAAUUGUUUAUGGAAUAGUGUAAAUUGCGUUGAUAAACUCUAUGCAAUUGCUUUAAUUACAUUAACUACUAAUUCUGAUUUUGCAGGAUUCUUAACAGGAUGCAUUACUAAAUUAAGUGGAGGUUGAGUUGAAAAUGGGCCAAAUUCAGUAGUAAAUAUACAAAUAGCUUGUGUAUAGAACUACAUAGGGAUUACUUUUAUUUUGGAUGCAACUUGCAAAGAAAAGAUACGUACGAAUGCACUAUUAUCAAAUAAUUCUCAUCAGCUAUAUGCAUGUUAUCUAGCAUCCUGUACUGUUAAAUCAAGUGGUGGUUAUUAAAAUAGAACAUGUACUAAUGCUCCCAUUACUAUAACAACAAAUGGAGAAUAUGAAACAUAUCAAUCAGCAUAGAAUUGUAUUGCAAAAACUAGUGGGGAUGCAAUAAAAAUACUACUUACUCAGCAAUUAUUUUAGAUACUGCUUUUAUUAAGAAUUCGCUAGGUUUUGCUUGUUUUUGGGAUUCAAAAAGUACAGUUGCAAAAAUAAGAAAUUUUUGAAUGCACCUUCAAAUAAUAACACGCAUGAGCUUUGUUAAUCUUUUUUGAAUAAAUAUACUGUCAAUUCUACAAAUACAGGAUAAGUUGACAAAACAUGUGAAAAUUCAUUGAUAUUAGCUAUUUGUGACAAAGAUAUUAACAUUAAGAUUUAUAUAUGGAAAGGUAAAUGUUAAAAGAAACUUUGCGUCUUGGCUUCAUCAUCCAUAACCAUUCACACUGAUUGUAAAAUUAUCAUUCCCUUUGUACUAUAAGGGACACAAGGUUAGGAUGAGUUAAUACUCCUAUAAUAGUAAAUGGGUCCUCUACUAUCAAAGAUGUUAAGAUUUGCCAACUUCAUGUUCAGCCAGAAGAAUAUCUGA